AUGGAAGCUGGAUCUUCCGAGGAGCCCGUGGUUGUCCAUGAAGACAGCAACUUGUCUAUGGAGUCAGUCGAGUCAAUAGAGCAAGUGGCGCCAUUAGUUCCUCCAGCACCUUUGCCAGAAGAAUCGAACGUAACAGAAAAUGCAGAAAACACUCAAUCUUCAGCCAUGGCAAGCGUGUUGUCCACACCAAGAUCUUCAGUUAGAGUAAUUACGGCCGAUGUUACGCAUAGACAGGUUGAAGUGAAAGAUCUUAUCGAGUACGAGUGGCCAUUGAAGUCUGGAGACAAGUACUUUCUGCAGGAACAAGUCGGUGAUCUUCUGGAUAUCAAAUCUUUUUCACGGAAAUUUCCUGAUAUGAGCCGAAGGAAAGUGGAAAAGCUCGAAAGAGACUGGUUAUACGCCACAUAUAAUAUACAUCAGAUAAUGAAUGAAACACAAUUGAGAGAUCUUUGCGCUAUGCGUUCCGUUGAAAUUCGCGAUUUGAUGGCCAGCGAGUACCCCACGAUUUAUCAGGAGUUCCAAAAAGUGACUGCUGAAAGACUCAAAGCGGUUAUGGCUGAACAAGCGAAGGAAAUGGAGGCGGUAUGUCAUUCAACCGUUUGGUACAGCAAACUUAUCAAAAACGAUGUGAAAAAAUUGGCUGAGUUGAGGGAAAAAGCCAUCAAAAGUGCAGCAGAUUUCAACAGAGAAUUGCAAACAGUGAAGAAGUAUGAAAGGCAACACUACUGGGAUGUGCAGACCUCGAUUAUCCAGUCAAGCGCUAACAAAUGGAAGAAGUUGCCAGCGAAGUAUACAAAGCCUGAUCCGUAUCCUGUGGCUCUAAUACAUGGGCAAUAUCAGAAUUACUAUAGAAAAUUCACAGCCUCAGAAUUGCGACGUUUACCUCUGGGCAGCGUGCUUGAUGGCGAACAUCUAUUCCCAGUACAUCGUGAUCCUUCACCUCCACCAAUCAAUGUAUCCGAGAAGGAUAUGCAGAGGUUUGAGAAGCUUUUGGCUGCUCAGGGAACUCCUAUAUCAGCUCCAUCUUCUGGCCAGAUCAAAAUGGAAAUGACCACUCCACGUGCGGAACCACCCGCUCGAAAAUCUGUAAGUCUGUGA